GCGGAGGCUCCGGGAGGAUCAGACACCGCCGAGAGGAGCUCUCAGCCCGGGCGUUAGGGGGGGAGGACAGAGCAGGGUUGCCCACCGAGCGAGCGAGCGAACCAGGUGGGGGGUGCAGGGUGGUGCCGCUGUCCGAUCUAAGGAAUGUGACACACGGACAAGGAGACCUGUAGGUCGCUGUUUUGUUUUUCUUUUCUUUUUUUAACGGGGACAGCGAAACUCGCCGGGGAACGAAGACAAAACAAGGAACAAGUUGUGCUGCAAAAAAAGUGAGAAGAGGCUCAAAUUCCAUCAAACUCUGACCCUUGACUUUGUUCACAACCAACCUUAACAAUGGCGCACCGGUCACAAAGCUCAUCAGUUGGAGAAAAUCCUCUCGACCCAAACUACCUGCCCCCACACUACCGUGAAGAGUAUCGCUUAGCUAUUGAUGAUCUGAUAGAGAAGGACAUUGAGGGUUAUUAUGAAUUCCUCCAGAAGGCUAAUAUUGUAAAUUUCCUGGCCAGUACUGAAAUCGAACAUAUCAAGUCCACAAUUCAGAUACCAAAUCAAACUUCGGGAGUCCCAGAGUUGACGUAUUAUGAGGGAGGUCAAGAGACUGAGGGCUCCUCAGACACCUACUGGCCGAUGCAAUCAGACCUGGCUGCGCCAGGACUGGAUCUGGGAUGGCCGCUGUCACAGCACAGCUUCGUUGGGCCCACAGAGGUUACCACUCUGGUCCAACCCUCUGAACCAGACAUGCCAAGCAUUAAACAGCAGGCCAGGAGACUCAUCAAGAAUGCACGACAAGUAAUUGCCAUUGUGAUGGACAUGUUCACAGACGUUGACAUUUUUGCUGACUUACUGGACGCAGCAGCACGCCAYGUUCCGGUUUACAUUUUACUGGAUGAGCAGAACGCUCAUCACUUUGUCUCUAUGGUCAUUGGCUGCAAAGUCAACUUAGACUUAAUUCAUAUGAUGCGUGUCAGGACUGUUGGAGGAAUAACUUAUCAAUCCAGGACAGGGAAAUCCUUUAAAGGGCAGGUGAAAGAUCGUUUCAUGUUGACUGACUGCAGGGCUGUGCUCAGUGGCAACUACAGUUUCAUGUGGUCCUAUGAGAAGAUUCACCGCUGCAUCGCUCACCUCUUCCUCGGUGAACUGGUCACUACUUUUGAUGAGGAGUUUAGAAUUCUCUUUGCUCAGUCAGAGCCUCUGGUCAUUGAUACAUCCAGUGGAUCACUCGCCAUCACUGACCCCAACAGUUACCUAAACACCCAGUUUGGUUUAAAAAGGUCACAGUCUUUGCGUAACCCUGUUGGUUAUAGAAGACAACCUGAGCUUCCCUCAGCCUUCCCCUAUGGAGACUCAGAUCGUAACACUUUCCGAAGAAAUGACCCAUUUCGUCACACGCUUGAUACUGGCACAGGGAUUACAAUUGGGAAAUAUUCACAGCAGCAGUUUCGUCUGCAGCAAUCGUAUUUAGAUCAAGGAAAGUCUAUAGUGUCCAGACAGCUGGAGAUGAGUUCAAAUACUUUCAAGAGGCACAGCUUUGCAGAAGGAACUCAGGAAAACUACUCAUCUUCCAGGCAAUACAUGAAGCACAGAGUCAUGAACAAUCUGGAUGAGACAGAUUUCCACAGGGAAMAGUUUCAAAGUAGCCAUUACUACAGCGAAGGGCCUGGACCAGGUUCUGGCCACGGACACUACGAUAGACUUCAAGGCCGUCCACCGCACCUUCCCAUUGAUCAGUAUUCGGACUCAAGCUAUCGCUCAGAUCGAGAGCUUCCACUUGAAAAAAGAGAGUACUUUUCAUCCGAGGACCUGAGAGGACUUGAAGGGCUUCAUGGUCCCCCUGUAGCUGGGAGGUACGGUGGAGGAUCUGGCCAUAAGAGACCAACUAUUGGUCAAGCAUAUGCCUGUCAGACCUCUCCCACACAGGUCCAUCCGCCAGACAAAAAMAUGUUUCAUAAACAAUCUGAUCAAGAGUACAACCAAGACCAAAGUGUAAAGCAAGGCCUGAGAAGUUGGAGAAUCAACUCCUAUUUAAGUACCUAUGAGGAGGGUGGAGAGGAUGGUUUGGCUCAGCCUAUGGGAGGUGAUACAUUUGAGGAGUCUCAACCUUCUGAGCAACCAACUGCAUCUGAAAUUUCAGUGCCGCGUUUUGGAAUAAAGGAACCACCAAAURUUGCUGCCAAGCCCAGACCAGAUACACUGAGACCUCGCUUCGGAAAGCCAAAAUUGCCGGAGACCAGCAAUAAAGACUCUGCCCCACUAGCAACAAAGGACGUGUUUUCCUCUUUCAGUGAUUUUAGGUCUUCUAUUCUGGAGAAAAAAGACCGGGUGACUGAGAAAGAAAAUGAGAGGGAGUCGCAAAGAGGUACAACAAGAGAAGUGGGAGAUGAUGCAGAAUCGAAGAAUACCUCAGAUCUCUUUCUGUCCAGACAUGAAUCAGUCCGGUCACGCAUUAACCCACUCCUUCAACGUAGUUCUCGCCUUCGCUCCUCACUUAUAUUUGCGUCUUCCAAGGGAGAGAUACACAGUGGCAGCUUAGGUAUAAAACCAGCAACAGAGGAGGACGAGCAGUUAGAUUUAGGCCGCACUUCGUCCAUUGUGGCCCAGAUUCUUGAAAAGAGGAGAUCUUUGUCACGUGAGCCUUUUGAAUGGCGGAAGAAGGCCGAAGAAAAGGACAGUAUCAGAGAGACGGAAGAGAAAGAGGAAAAAGAAAAGGAGCAAGAAAAAACUAAAACAGAAGUGAAAACUGAGGUUAAAGUAAAGGUGGAACCUCAGACCAUCAACGUAGAAGAAAAUAUAACAUCAGAUGUUGAAAAACCUAAAGCUAAAUCAACAUUAAAUGUAAAUGAUGUCGCUACUAGACUGCAAUAUUUUAAAGACCUAGAAGCUAAGAGAAAAGCCUCAAAAAUGGAAACGGAGAGAUCUACAAAGGCUCCAGAGCCUCCUGAAAAGAAGCCUGACCUCUCUGAGAAACCUYCUGUCAACCCAGUGCCCACUUCAAAGACCCCAACUCCAACUGUCAGUCCAGCAGACCAUGAACCAAAGAAACCAGACGUUCCAACAAAAUUGRCAGAGGUCCCUCGCAGACCUUCAUUCAGUUUGAAACCCUCAAUGCUCUCACCCAAGCCUUUUGUGAGUUCCCUGAAGCCUUCGGACACAUCACAAACUCGCAAAGAGGAAAAUGAACCAGAGGGUCAAAAGAAAGAUGUUCCUAAGUUACUAAAACCACUUUCCUCACCGAAGUUCUUCAAGAAAGAUCCGCUGAAGAUUAAGGGACUGAAUCCUCGUCGGAUCUCUUGUGGUGAUGAGAUUCUGAGCACAGAUGCAACAGAUGCAGAGAAGAGUGAGAUAAAAAAGAACCGCUCUCUUAGUUCUUCAACUCUGCUACACGAAGACUCUAAGGAAAGACUGCAUAAGAUUAUGGGCUCCAAUACAUCUAUUAACACUAUUGGUGAAGGGAAAGGAGAAGGAAAGACRCUUGAAUUUCUGAAGAAACAGACUCAGAGGUUAAAGGGGUUUUUGGGACCAAAGGACAAAGAAAAGAAAGCUUCAGGAGAAGAGAAGGGAAUGAGCACGGUCAUAGAAGUAGCUGAUGAUACAAGCAAAAAGCAUAGCUCUUUAGCUAAAGACUCAGAAUCCACAGCUGCUGCUCAAUCUUCAACUAAUUAUAAAACGUCGACGUCGACAUCAGUUUCAUCACGACACCAGAAUCCAGGAAGCUCUGUUCUGUUCAGCAGCAACCUGCGAGAUGACACUAAAGUCAUCCUGGAGCAAAUCUCUGCCAACAGCCAGAAAAACCGCCAGGAGCGUGAAGAAAGUGGAGUGAACAAAGACGACGCUGCUGCAGAGAAAGAACAGGAGGCACAGAACCCCGUAAAAAAGAGUCGAUUCCUACGAGCAACAGGCAACAACCAGGAGAGAGAGGGGUUACUGAAGAGGAUAGAAAGUCUGAGGAAGGAGAAGAAGGUCUACAGCCGUUUUGAGAUGGGGAAUAGCCUGGGAUAACGAAAGUUGGAGGAGCGACCUUUUAUACGGACACUAUUUAUGCAAGACGAUCAAAAACACACUCUGCCAACUUGUGCCAACGACAUUCAAUCACUCCUACAAAGUAUCUCUGGUGCCCAACAUUGUGGCCUUUCCUGGACUUUUUACAAAUAAGUAAUAAAACUUGAAAAGACAAUAUUGAAAAUUCUGGAAACAAACUAAAGUCAGUGAGUUUGGAAUGUGCCUUUUUGCCAAGACCUGGUACUACUUUUUCCUUAUAUGGUGACUGAGAGACAAAACAAGACUACGUCCACACUGGAUGCAUGGGCUAAUGUUUCACCCAGCACAAAAAGGCAUGGAGAUUAAAUUAAAACUGAACUUGUACGAACGUGACUGAGGGACUUGGAAAAGAUAAAAACAGACUGCACAUGUUGCACCUGAGGGAAGGAAAAUGGAUACAUGCCAGUCAAAAAACAUGGCAGUAUUUGACAGUAAGUGUACAGAACCAGUGUUGUGUGUUGCUGGAAAUGUUUUUGUGCCUUCUACUUGUUUGUAACUGAAUGGGGGAAAGUGUCCUUAUGGUUUCACCCAAGUGCCAAUGGCUGAUCGAGGCCAAAGCUGGAGAAUUAUCCCAAAAGGAAAAAAUAAGGUUAUGAGUAGAGAACAUAAAAAAUGGUAUGUAAAAACGUGUUUUUAAGUACUAAUGUAGCUGCAAUAGAAGUAUGUUUUGAUAAAAAAAAGACAAAGCUGGAAUGAACUUUUAAUGGAGCCUACUGUAUCUUUCCAUCAAGGUGUGGACCUGCUUUUCAGGACUGAAGAUGUCAAAAUAACCAUUCAGGGAGGAGCUUGCUAAGUCAGAGGGCUUUAGUUGUGUAUAUGUGAUAGCCUUCAUUUUUAAUGUAAUAUAAAUAAAAAUGUAAAUCAUCUACAGCUGCCUUGAGUCACUGAAAAAUCGAUUUGAGUUUCACGGGCUUGUUUCUCUUUUUUUUUUUCUUCUAAAUUUUAAACAAGGCAUUACCUGUAAACGAAAACAAGAAAAGGUUGGGUUUUUUCCACAAUGCUGGACCAGAGCCAUGUUUCCUUACAUAACACUUCAGUUCUGAGGUUUACGCCCUAAGCAGGACUCCUGACUCUAUUGUUGGUCAAUAAACACAAUUAAAACUUACAGUAUACGCUUGAUGAUUUGACUGGGCGUAAAACUAUUAUGUGUUCUUGUAGAGUGAGUCUGAGAACUGGAUUUAUUCCUGAGAAGUGAUGCAAAGUUUACACUAUCGUCUAUACAUGACUUAACUGUACAUAUUUAUAUAAAGAGGCUUGUUCAUAUUUUACUCUAUAACUUAGAAUGUCCUAAUUUGCUUUACUUGCUUCUUUCGGGGUCGCAGGGAACUGGUGCCUAUCUCCAGCAGUCAUUGCAAUAGGCGGAGUCCGCCCUGGACAGGUCGGAAGUCCAUCACAGAGUCAAACGAGACAAACAACUUUUCACUCUCUCACACACACCUAGGGACAAGUUAGAGUUACCAAUUAACCUGACAUGCAUGUUUUUGGUCCGUGGGAAGAAAUUGGAGAACCCAGAGAAAACUCAAGCAUGCACAGGAAGAACGUGUAAACUGUGACCUUGCUGAGAGUGACAGCUCUGACCACUGCACCCCUAACACAAGUACCUUUAACGCAUUGUAAAAACUGACUUAAUGGUGUUUAUUUUGGAUUCAUAUGGGAAUGUUUGUAAAACCGGCAUUAAUUUGGAUACAUCAGUUGCACAGGAUUAUUGUGUUUGUUAUGAAACCUGAAAGAGUAUUACAUUGUUUUGUAAAUACUGCAAAAAAAAGAAAAAAAAUUAAAUUUCUAAAAAAUUA